CGGGAGGGGGAGGAGUCGCGGCGGGAUGGCGGCGCCAGUGGCGAGGCUGAGCGAGGGCUCCAUCGCGGCCAUGCUGCUGCAGGCGGAGCCGGUGGGGAGGCCGGUGCUGCAGCUGAUCACCAUCCGCCCCAUCUCUACGGGAAACGGGCCCCCUCGCUACCGGAUGCUGAUGAGCGAUGGCGUCAACACCCUCUCCUCUUUUAUGCUAGCCACACAGCUGAACCCUCUGGUGGACGACCAGAGCUUGACCGCCAAUGCCAUUUGCCAGAUUAACCGCUUCAUUGUGAACACUCUGAAGGAUGGAAGGCGAGUGGUGGUCCUGAUGGAAAUGGAGGUUCUGCAGCCGGGUCAUGCCGUCCCUGCCAAGAUUGGAAAUCCGGUGCCCUACACGGAAGGAACUGGACAAGCAGGGAGGCAGCCCCCGGGCCCCGGCCCAACCACGACCCCUUUCCAGAGCAAGCCAGCGGGACUCCCGAGUGGCGCUCCAGACGCAGAGUCUUUGGCGAAGGCUCCCCCCGGCCCUUCCAAAUGGCUGGGGAACGCAGGCAGCUCCGGCAUCCUGAGCACUCCGGGGGGCUCUCAGGUCAAAGUGGUGCCCAUCGCCAGCCUGAACCCUUACCAGUCCAAGUGGACCAUUUGUGCCCGGGUGACCCAGAAGGGCCAGAUCCGCACCUGGAGCAACUCCCGGGGCGAAGGGAAGCUCUUCUCCAUAGAGAUGGUGGAUGAGAGCGGGGAGAUCCGAGCAACGGCCUUCAACGACCAGGUGGACAAGUUCUUCCCUCUCCUGGAGUUGAACAAGGUGUACUACUUUUCCAAGGGCAACCUGAAGACGGCCAACAAGCAGUACUCCUCCGUGAAGAACGACUACGAGAUCACCUUCUCCAACGAGACGUCCGUCGUUCCCUGCGAGGAUGCCGAGCACCUGCCCUCGGUGCAGUUUGACUUCGUGCCCAUCGGGAACUUGGAAGGCGCCAGCAAGGACUCUCUCGUGGACGUGAUUGGGGUCUGCAAGAGCUACGAGGACGCGCAGAAGGUCACCAUCAAGUCUUCCAACCGGGAGGUCUCCAAGAGGGAGCUGCACCUGAUGGACACGUCGGGCAAGACCGUGACGGUGACUCUCUGGGGCGUGGACGCGGAGAAGUUUGAUGGCUCUCGGCAGCCGGUGGUGGCCAUCCGGGCGGCCCGAGUCUCAGACUUUGGCGGGCGGAGCCUCUCCGUGGUUUCCUCCAGCACCCUCCUGGUGAACCCAGAUUGCCCGCAGGCCUUCAAGCUGCGGGGCUGGUUUGACUCGGAGGGGCAGCACCUGGAGUCCGUGUCCAUCUCUUCGGGGCGGGGGGGGCCGGCAGCCGGGGGGAGCAACACCAACUGGAAGACCCUGCAAGAGGCCAAGUCGGAGAACCUGGGCCAAGGUGACAAGGCCGACUACUUCAGCUGCGUGGGCACGGUGGUGUACCUGCGCAAGGAGAACUGCAUGUACCAGGCCUGCCCCACCCCGGAGUGCAACAAGAAGGUGAUUGACGAGCAGAACGGCCUCUUCCGCUGCGAGAAGUGCGACCGGGAGUUCCCCAACUUCAAGUACCGCAUGAUCCUGUCGGCCAACAUUGCGGACUUCCAGGACAACCAGUGGGUGACCUGCUUCCAGGAGUCUGCGGAGGCCCUCCUGGGGCAGAACGCGGCCUACCUGGGGGAGCUGAAGGAGAAGAACGAGCACGCCUUCGACGAGGUCAUCCAGAGCGCCAACUUCACCUCCCACGAAUUCCGGAUCCGAGUCAAGCUGGAGACGUUCAAUGACGAGUCGCGCCUGAAGGCCACGGCCGUGGAGGUGAAGCCCAUCAACCACAAGGAAUACUGCCAGAGGCUGAUCCUGAACAUCCGCAGGAACGCCGCCCGGCUCGGCUGAGCCCCACGGAGCAGAGCUGGAGGCCGGCCUGGCCUGCCGGGUCCCCUCCCGCCCCUGUUGCUCUGCGGACUUCCUGGCCCCCUUCCCCGCAAGGGCCCGGCCAGGCCCUCCAGGGAUGGGGCGACCCAGGCGCCCUUCAGUUCUUCACCUCCGUUAAUGCCACUUUUGGGGGCUGCCCACUGCAGUCUCCUUUUCCCUCCUUUUUUCCCCCACUUUGCUAUUUUUAUGCAGAGAAAAUUUCUGUAUUUUUCCUGAUGGAAACAAAUUGGGACGUGAGCUUCAGGUGCCCCCUUUCCUUUCCUUUCUUAAUAAAGAGUGUUUAAUUUUG